GGGAAUGCUACGAGCAGGCCGAAAAAUACUGUAGCGAAAAAUCUCGUAGCUGGAUUAAGUGAUUAACGAUCAUUUUCGGAUUAACCGCCGCGGGAGGGACACGGAUUUGGAUAAUGGAGACUGGGAGAUGGAGAGGGACAACAUCUAAAAUGGGCUGGGGAGAAACGUCUUCUAGCUUUGCCAUAGCUUAGCUUAGCUUCUUCAUCAGAUCCUUCGCCUCCUUGGGAGCCAUUGGAUAUGUCUCAGGCGCGAGUCUACGCCGAUGUCAACGUUCACCGUCCUAAAGAUUACUGGGACUACGAGGCUCUCACCGUUCAGUGGGGUGAUCAGGAUGAUUAUGAAGUUGUUCGGAAAGUGGGAAGAGGUAAAUACAGCGAGGUCUUUGAGGGGAUAAAUGUCUCGAAUAAUGAAAAAUGCAUCAUCAAAAUCCUUAAGCCUGUGAAGAAGAAGAAGAUAAAAAGGGAAAUAAAAAUACUUCAGAAUCUUUGUGGAGGCCCAAAUAUUGUGAAACUCUUUGAUAUUGUCCGAGAUCAGCACUCAAAAACUCCCAGUUUGGUGUUUGAAUACGUGAACAGCACAGAUUUCAAAGUCUUGUAUCCUACACUGACAGAUUAUGAUAUCCGCUACUACAUUUAUGAGCUUCUCAAGGCACUGGAUUAUUGCCAUUCCCAGGGAAUAAUGCAUAGAGAUGUUAAACCUCACAACGUCAUGAUUGAUCAUGAACUAAGAAAACUUCGUUUGAUUGAUUGGGGUCUUGCUGAGUUUUAUCAUCCUGGUAAAGAGUACAAUGUCAGAGUAGCCUCGAGAUACUUUAAGGGACCUGAACUGCUUGUGGAUUUGCAAGACUAUGAUUAUUCAUUGGACAUGUGGAGUCUUGGUUGCAUGUUUGCAGGAAUGAUUUUCAGGAAAGAACCUUUCUUCUAUGGCCAUGACAACCAAGAUCAACUAGUUAAAAUUGCAAAGGUAUAUGCGCUCAUUCUGUCAAAAUCCUUUGUGGUUCAAGUUGUUGACUUUCUAUCAGGUCCUAGGCACAGAUGAAUUAAAUACAUAUCUUAACAAAUAUCAUCUGGAGCUUGAUCCGCAACUUGAUGCUCUGGUUGGAAGGCACAGCAGGAAACCUUGGUCGCGAUUUAUUAAUUCAGAUAACCAGCAUUUGGUUUCACCCGAGGCCAUCGAUUUCUUGGAUAAGCUUCUUCGCUAUGAUCAUCAAGACAGACUGACAGCUAAAGAAGCAAUGGCCCAUCCAUACUUCUUCCAAGUGAGGGCAGCUGAAAAUAGCAGGGUUCGUACACAGUAGCGAAGGCCUCUCUCAAAUGUACAGGUGUUGGCUGUGAUAUGGUCGCUUGUAACGACUUUUAUGAAGUUGCAAAGGCCCCACUCCCCAUGUGUACUUUGCUGUGACAAUGUCCAUCAUCAUGCAUUGCUUGACUUUUUGCCAUUUUAGUAGAUCGUAAAAGUUUGACUUAUUAUUAUUAUUAUUGCUGGACACGGGUCAUUAUUCCAGUUUGUCCUCAAAUUAAUCCCUUGAAAUCGGG